UACAACUCAAACUUUCUCACAAAAUCACCAAACAUUGUUACCUUUCUCAUCCAUCGCAACCUCACGCCGCUGCUACCGUCACCGCCGGCCAAAUUUCACCAACGAAUUUUAGAUAAAAAGAAACAUGGUGAAGAAGAGAAAGAGAAGUAAUGUUUCUGAAGUUGUGGCGGCAGUGCCUAAGAAAGAUGAUGCUGCUCCAGAGAGACCAGUUAGGACCCUUUUAGGAUGGAAGGAUAAGAAUGAAAACAAUGUUGAUGAUGAUGUUGAAGUUAUUGAUAAUGGUGUUUCGCCUUUUUUUAGGAAUAAAGAGAAAGUUUUGGUUACUUGCUCUAGGCGCAUCGUUUAUAGGUACAGACAUUUGAUGUUGAAUAUCGUUUCACUUCUUCCACAUUGCAAGAAGGAUAACAAGGUUGAAUCAAAGGAAACUAAAGGCGCCACCCUCAACGAGCUAGUUGAGCUCAAGAACUGUUCCUCUUGUUUAUUUUUUGAGUGCAGGAAGGCAAAAGAUCUUUAUCUCUGGAUGGCAAAAUGUCCAAAUGGCCCAUCUGUUAAAUUUUUAGUUAGUGCCGUGCACACAAUGGAAGAAUUGAAGUUAACUGGAAAUCACCUAAAAGGAUCCCGCCCUCUUUUGACAUUUUCUUCGAAUUUUGAAAAAGAUGCACAUUGGAAACUGUUGAAAGAGAUGCUGUUACAGAUAUUUGAAACACCAAAGGACCACAGAAAGGCUAAGCCUUUCCAUGAUCACGUUUUUGUUUUCUCAAUAGUUGACGACCAUAUAUGGUUCCGAAAUUAUCAGAUAUCUGUUCCUCAUAACGAGUCAGACAAAUUACCUCGAGGAGGCCUCGAUAAAAUGACAUUGAUUGAGGUUGGUCCGCGGUUUUGCUUGAACCCAAUUAAAAUAUUUGGGGGCAGUUUUGGAGGCCCAACUUUAUAUGAAAACCCAUUCUAUGUGUCACCAAAUCAGAUUCGAGCUUUGCAGAAAAAGAAGAAAUCUGGAAAGUUUGCAAAGAAGGUCAAAGCAAAGACAAGGAGGAAAAUGCAUGAGAUGUCUAAUCCUCUUGAGCCUGAUGAGUUUGCAGAUAUGUGGAAAGAUUAAUUUUAAAUACUCAUGUUUCUUUCACUGAAAGUUAGAAUUAACGUUUCACCAAAAUAUGUUUUAGUAAGAAAUGGCAAUUUUUGGUUAGCAUCCUGCGCUUUAUAUGUUCGAUUGGAGAUAUAAGUUGUACUUUUGUUUGUUAUUGAACUAUGAUCUAUAACAAAAGGAAGAUUUAUUUGAAUCUAUAAGGUUAUUUUCUUUAA